AUGGAUUUUAAUAGCGGUUCCCCGUACCCGGAGGGGGUCAUAUCUUUCUUGGACACGGAUCUCUACAAGCUCACGAUGCAAUGCGCGGUCCUGAAAUACUUCCCGAAGAUCAAGGUCACAUAUGCUUUCAAGAAUCGAACGCCAGAGAAGAAGCUGUCCAGGAAAGCAAAAACAGAGCUUGGAAACAUUGCGCUAUCUUCCGAAGAGCUGCGCUUCCUCCAAUCCACCUGCACGUAUCUGAACAAGUCCUAUCUCGACUUCCUCAAGGGAUUCCGACUGAACCCUCGCGAGCAAGUCGCAGCCUCUUUUGUCGCGGACAAUGACACUGGAUGCGACAGUGACGUGGGAGAGGUAGACUUAGUAGUCCAAGGUCUGUGGGUCGAGACAAUUCUUUACGAGAUCCCACUGCUGGCAUUGACGAGUGAAGCAUACUUCAAGUUCAUGGACACAGACUGGGAGUACGAAGGACAAGAAGAAAAGGCCCACGGAAAGGGAAUGCGCCUGUUGGAGGCAGGCUGUGCAGUCUCGGAAUUCGGCACAAGACGGAGAAGAGACUAUCAUACGCAAGCUUUGGUCUUUCGGGGUUUGGUGAAGGCAAAGAAGGAGGGCGAAGCCAAAGGCUUGACUGGUCAAAUCAGUGGUACGAGCAACGUCCACCUGGCAAUGCGUUUCGGCAUCCCGCCGAUCGGUACGGUCGCACACGAGUGGUUCAUGGGAGUCGCAGCUAUCACCGGAGACUACGAUACGGCUACGAAGACGGCACUGAGGUACUGGAUUGGCUGCUUUGGCGAAGGAGUUUUGGGAAUCGCUCUAACGGACACGUUCGGUACCUCCGUCUUCUUGAGGGCUUUCAAUGAACCUAUUGGCGAGAUCCCAGACAAGCCGCUCUCAGAUACUACCGACAAGCCGGACACUGCAGUAGCUACUACUCGCCCCCGAAGCUCUACGAAGACCUUCGCCGAAGUCUUCACUGGUGUCCGCCAAGACUCUGGAGACCCAGCCAAUUUCGUCAAGGUGAUGCGCGAAUUCUACGACAAGGUGGGCAUUACUUCCAAAAAGACGAUCGUUUUCUCCGACUCCCUGAAUAUCGAACUGUGCCUCGAGUACAAGAAGAUUUCUGAGGCAGCAGGCUUCAACACUUCUUUCGGCGUCGGCACCUUCUUCACGAAUGACUUCGUGCACCUGGAGACGGGAAAGAAAUCUACUCCCCUCAAUAUCGUCAUCAAGCUAAGCUCCGCUGCUGGCAACCAAGCCAUCAAGAUCAGCGACAACAUUGGCAAGAACACCGGUGACAAGAACACUGUAGAGAAAGUCAAGAAGGAGCUGGGCUAUGUCGAGAAGGACUGGAGCUUAGGUGACGAGGCACAUAGAUGGGAGAAAUGA